GAUAUAGAGCUGGAGCCAUUGUGGAAUAACCAGACAUGGCCUGCAAACGAAGUCCUGAAGCUGUCUGUAGAACGGGCCAGCUCUAACUGUACAACGAGAUUCUUCCACUGUGGACAGAGCAGUCGGACAGACUCCAGUGUUGACAGCUACUGCACCAUGCUGCAAGAGAGAAAAGACUGCUUGGUGUCUGCUAGUGAUAACCCAACAACGUCUGAUCCGCUCUACUGUUCCCAGAGUGAGUGGCAGCUUAUGAGUGACGCGGCCUGCACGCGCUCUGUGAUCAACUGGCAGGAUGACGACUGGCCAGUGACGACGGCUCUACAACUGACAGCAACGCUUACCUCCCCCGACUGUCAGCGACGGUUCGAAUCCUGUCGAGAGGAUUUUGCACGUGGAAGUGUCAGCAGCUAUUGCCAGCUGAUGGAGGAGUAUAAGUGGUGCAUUGUGGGAGGAAGCAGUACGUGUUCUGAUGACGACUGGAGCAACUUUAAAGACUCUGCGUGUAACGGACACAGUGGGCCAGCCUCUCUCAACAUUGUCACAUUAGCCCUGCUGCUCAUGCUAUCUGCCUUUUUAUUGCGUAACUUUGUUUAGGUGGAGCCUGCCAUCAUAACUUGGAAACAAGAAAGUGGGGGGUUUCUUGUUGCUGUGUGUGUGUGUGGUAGCCUAUCCGUACGAAAUGUUUGGAGCCCCGAAGAGCGUGCUCUUCGCCAGGGUCACCGCCUCCCUUCUUGUUGCUGUUGUUUUAUUUUUGUGGGGUUUUUUAGAAGAUGCACUUCAGAGUGCGUGCACAUUUGUCUGACUGCAUUAUCUGACCGGUUCUGAAAACUUGAGCUCCUUAGAUCGUUCAGGUAUUUCAAACAGAAACAAAGAAAACAUAAUUUAACACUUAAGAAGAAUAAGACAGAAAACGACCCCACUGUCUUCCUGCACAUCAAUAUUGACUGACAAAGUCGAAGUUAUACCAAAUCUGAUAAAAGGCUUCCGAGACAAAUGUGUCAAGCAAGAGUAGAUCUAGCUGUAAAAAUCACACAGCAGCCUGCAAAAUCGCGUCAAAGGUCUGUUUUUACCAACCUUGGAGCUUGGAGUACUUGAGUAAAGUAAGCACAUUGACGCAAUAAUAGUCAUUUGGUGCUUGGAAAAAGUAAGACAUACAAACAGAAACAACAGAGGCAAAGUAAAGAAGUAGGCCCUACCAGGGUCUCCCCCCCCCUCCAACCACCCAUCCACCUUGAAAGAAAGACCCAAAGGCACGAAAAGCCGUGGUAAAGAAAGGCCACAUAUAUUCUCACAACUGGUGAGAAUAGCUCAUGAACCGCUAUUCUCACCCCCACCCCGAUGACAGCAUGAGGCGAGCCUUAAUGUUCUUUAAAGUAAGCUAUAUCUAGAUCUAUAAUUGUGAGGACCCGUAGGUAACAGCUGCGUUCUGCUCUUGACAUUUCGUCCUUACAUAACCCUAGAUCUAGAUCUAGAUCGUUGUUUUUUUUAAUGGGGUUUUUUUCACUGUUGUUUGCUGUUCAUGGUGCGAAAUGGCCUACAUCCAGCCCGUUAAAUAAACUAAAUCUGAAACUUA